GAAUUUUCUAAAUGUAGACACAAGCUUGAAGAAAGAGACCCUUGAGACUGCAUACCAAUAAUAUCUUAUCACCUGAUCUUAAUUGCAUACGCUCCCCCUUUUUGCAAGUGCAUUGCUGGCAGGCAAUAAGCGAGGAUUUGAGAUUGUUUGACUUGCUAUCUCGAGGUUACACAAGGUUUGCUCGAUCAAGGUGGCGACGUCAACAUCAACGUCAACGUCAAUUGCAGACUCGCCAGAUUUGGAAAGCAGACGACUACGGGAACAGAUCCAGAAAGUAAGGAACUUGAGACAGAAUCUCAAGAUGAAUACGGAGCCUUCGAGGUUAUCGGGGGAGGAUGAGUUGUAUGUUGGGGGAAUCGUCUCGUUGACCGAAAAUUCGCUUCAAAAGAAUAAUAUCACGCAUAUUGUUAGUGUUCUGAAGUAUGAUUUCAAGAACUUUAAUAUCGAUUGGAAUAAGUACAAGCAUCUUCAGAUCGAAGUGGAUGAUGUAGAGGACGAGAACUUACUGGGUGAAUUUGAGACGACGGGAGCUUGGAUUGAGGAGGCGUUAAAGGGUAAUGGGAAGCCUGAGAGUGAUGAAGGUGAGAAGAAGAAGAGUGCUGUGCUUGUUCAUUGCGCAAUGGGUCGCUCCCGUUCCGUAACCAUUUUAAUCGCCUACCUCCUUCGCCAAUAUCCCUCACUCACUCCCCAUACUGCACUUGCCCAAGUUCAACAAACACGUCCUUUCGCUGAGCCUAAUGAUGGAUUUAUGGCGCAACUCCAAUUAUAUCAUGAAAUGGGCUGCCCGAGAAACAUAGAUGAACAGCCUAAGUAUCAAAGAUGGUUGUAUCAAAGAGAGGUAGAUUUGGCUGUGGCAACCGGUGGACGUCCUGAUUGGGUAAGAUUUGAGGAUGAAGAAGAGCAGGAUAAACAGAAAGCAGACGGCAAAGAAAAGGAGAUUAGAUGUAGAAUGUGUCGCCGCAACCUCGUCACAACCCCUUACCUAAUCCCUCACACACCCAACUCAAAAUCCACAUCUUCUCCCACCUCCCUCGUUAAUCCCCAGACGACACCUAUUUCCUCCCUUACUUCCACCUCUAACCAUAGCACUUGUACCCACCACUUCUUGCAUCCUCUUUCCUGGAUGCGUCCAGAACUCGAGCUCGGAAACUUGUCCGGCAGACUCGAAUGUCCAAACCAAAAAUGCAAAGCCCAGAUUGGAAAGUAUGCUUGGCAAGGAAUGCGAUGUAGUUGUGGGGUAUGGGUUUGUCCGGCUUUCAGUUUGUUAAAGGGAAGAUGUGAUGAGGCCACGAUCGGAAAGAGAGUGGAAGGGGGGAGCGGUGGUAUUAGGUUACCCCCUGGGAUGAGAGGAAACGGAACUAUGGAGAGGGAGAAGGGAAGUUUGUAGACUGGGAACGAGAGAGUAUGGGGAUUGGCCUGGAAAUGAUCGAUGCUGCCGCACGGGUGAGGGAACAGACAGGUAUGAUGUAUUCACAUGUGUAUGAAUGAAUAUAACCAUGGUACGUUAUUGUACGUUACUGGACAGGAAGUACGAAAUGCGAUAUGAUAGGAAGUUGAAUGAGACUAAAUUGCAGGGCCACGGGUAUGGCUUAUUCUGCCCUAUCAUCUUGGCUGUAUUACACACUGUUGAGAUACAUAUACAAUACAUCACUACCACCUACAUCAAUGCCUGCAUAUGCAUAUACCUAGUUCUAAGCAUCUUCACCCGGUACAUAUGAAAUCUUGAAUUGAAAACGAAAACAAACCCAAAUUUUUUUUUACAAAAGCUUUAGGUAAUUACGAUGAAUCGGAAAGUUCGGAUUGCGAAAUUUUCAGCGUCAAAGGAGGAUUUGCGGAGCGACCGAUAGAUGAUGGAUUGGGUUGCCUGGCCCUGUUUGUGUAAUGCUGGGUUGUGUUUGCGCGGAUGCAAGGCGCAUGGAGCGGAUGGUGAAGGAAUGGAUUUAUGGUAUGGGUGUGGAUGUAAGAAGUCGGAACGUAAGCGGGAAGACGGUUCAGAACAAAUGUAUCUAGAUUCUUUAUGUAGUAGGUUGUAUAUUUGCAGAAGGGGUCAAUGUAUUCUAUGGAAAGUGUGUUAUAUCA